GAAUAGCCAACUAAUGAGAAUCGGAUAAGUGUGCCACAAAGACAUAUUCUCUUUCCCUAAAUCCGACUGGUGGAAUAGGGAGAAGUCCUCUAUCCCUAAAUCCUGAUUGGUGGGAUGACUUGGCAGAGACUUAAAACCUGCAACAUUCUGGCUCAGGGUUGCAGUUCAGCUCUGGCGGAGUUUGUUCUGGGGCCCUGAUCGACCAGUAGUGGUCUGCAUACAAUACAGUCUUGCCAUCUGCUUAAAUACUUAUUAAAAUGCAGAUUCAGUCAUCCCCUGAGUCUCUGCUGUUGUACCUGAUUGGACUGCCCGUGGUUGAUUUGUUCUGCUCCUGGAUUCUUCAUAUUAGCUCUGAGGACAUCAUGAGCCAGGACUGCUAGACACACUGGAGAGAAGCUGCUUCCGUCUGCCCUGCGUCUGUAGAGUGUCCAGCAUCCUGACCCAUGAAUCAGAGACUACUGUCUGAUUUGCCUUGACUCAGAGAGUCUGAACCUGACCUUCAGCUAACCUCACACAGGUGGCUGUGGGCACACCUGAGGAAACAAAGUCCGGCACACAGCUGGCAGAAGCCAUCGCAGCAACAUAAGCUCCCGAGGAAGGCGUCCAGAGACAGAGCAAGAUGAGUUCCGAGACAGGCCCUGUAGCUGUUGAUCCCACUCUGAGGAGAAGAAUUGAGCCCCACGAGUUUGAAGUCUUCUUUGACCCCCGGGAGCUUCGGAAAGAGACCUGUCUGCUGUAUGAGAUCAACUGGGGUGGAAGGCACAGUGUCUGGCGACACACGAGCCAAAACACCAGCAACCACGUUGAAGUCAACUUCUUAGAAAAAUUUACUACAGAAAGAUACUUUCGUCCGAACACCAGAUGCUCCAUUACCUGGUUCCUGUCCUGGAGUCCCUGCGGGGAGUGCUCCAGGGCCAUUACAGAGUUUCUGAGCCGACACCCCUAUGUAACUCUGUUUAUUUACAUAGCACGGCUUUAUCACCACACGGAUCAGCGAAACCGCCAAGGACUCAGGGACCUUAUUAGCAGCGGUGUGACUAUCCAGAUCAUGACAGAGCAAGAGUAUUGUUACUGCUGGAGGAAUUUCGUCAACUACCCCCCUUCAAACGAAGCUUAUUGGCCAAGGUACCCCCAUCUGUGGGUGAAACUGUAUGUACUGGAGCUCUACUGCAUCAUUUUAGGACUUCCACCCUGUUUAAAAAUUUUAAGAAGAAAGCAACCUCAACUCACGUUUUUCACAAUUACUCUUCAAACCUGCCAUUACCAAAGGAUACCACCCCAUCUCCUUUGGGCUACAGGGUUGAAAUGACUUCUGGGAGUUGGGCAUGGAUGAAAUGACUCCUUGUAUGUGUAUUGUCUUGACAGCAAGCAUUGAUGACCCACUAAAGAGUGACUGCCAUGAAGAAUCUAGAAAUUGAGCUGGAGGUGUCAUUCAUGGGUAGGGUACUAGUUACACACGAGGCCCUUGGUUUAAUUCCAAGAAUGUCCAGAAAAAAGGAGAAUCUAGAAAUUGAGCUGGGAAUGGUUAUACACUCCUGUAAUGUCAGCAAUUGUGAGGCAGAGGCACCAGAUCUCUGUGAGUUUAAGGCCAGCCUGGUCUACACUGCAAGACCCAGGCUAGCCUUGAAUUACACAGUGAGACCUUGUCUAAAAAAACCCCACCCCCAUCAAGAAUGUAGAAAUUGAAGAGUCAGGUAAGGUGGUGCAUUCCUGUAAGCCCAGUAGUUGCAUGGUGGAGGCAGGAGAAUGACAAGGUCAAAGUCACUUGGAGCUACACAGUAAGUCUGAAGACAGCCUCAACACAUAGAAAUUCAGUGUGCUAAAUUCCUCCAGGUACACCAGGGGCCAACAGCCAACACCUUGCCAGCUUACAUAGUAUAGUCACUCAGACAAGCUCAGUCAUUUGUCUGCCUGGCCUCCAAAGGCUAUAAUGGCAUACAGCAGUCCCAGGGCAUUAAAAGAAGCUUAGACCUUAUUAAUUUCUGAUGAAGUCUGGCUAUACAUUUUAAUUUUAAAAACUGUAUCUAUUUACUCUUAUUAUUGUGUCUGUUGAGGGGGUUGUAUGUACACACUGUGGCACUCCUGUGAAGGUCAGAGGACAACUUUUAAGGUUUUUGUUCUCUCCAUCUGUUAGCCGUUCUGAGGACUGAAUGCAGAUUGUCAGCUCAAAAAAGCAAAUUAUCUCCCCUGAGUGGUCUCAACAGCCCUAUGUCUAUACGUAAAAAAAAACAAAACAAAACAAAACAAAAACAAAACAAAAAAAAAAAAAAACAAAGGAAAAGAAAAGAAAAACCCUGCAGUAAAAGAACCAUGUAUCAAU